AUGUCGCUCGUCGCGGCUUCCAACUUCAAAUAUGCCUUACUCGUUCUUGUCUCUGGCGGCCUAGAGGAGCUCGCCACCCGUUAUAUCCGGUGGAUGGAUAUCAGCAUGGAAGUUGAGAUAUUAUGGUCAUUGACUCAAGGGAAGGCCUGUGGUGGCGCAGCUUCUAUGGGAAAGAUACUGGUGAAAGUUUCCAACUUGGAUGAUGUCCGACGCUUUGUUCGUGAGUGCCGUGUAGCUCAAGCCAUUCUAGCCCUACUCACUUACGACCUCGACGUUGCCGAUAUCUCUCCCAUUGUUAUAGAGACGAUGAUGUUCGAGAAGUCUGAUUGGAGAUGUGCUGAGGAGAUCGUCGGCAUUCAUGCAGAUACACCAUAUUCGUUUCGGGCUUCUUGCGUCAGGGAUGGUGCCAAGCACGACUUCAAAUCCUACGAUGUUAUGCGUACGAUGGGCCACGCAGUGCUGAUGAGGCAUCCGGACUGGAACGUUAGCCUCGGGCACUCUGAGGUCGAGUAUGUUGGGAUCGUAUUCGAACGCAGCGUCUUCCUUGGAAUCGCAGUUGGCAAGCCACAGCGAGGCAGUCGUGCACGGCCCGAGAAAGCGGAUUUCAAUGUAGUACCGUAUUGUGACUACAUGAGUAGAGAUCUUCAGCUUGGAUCGGUUCCUCACUGUACAAAAAUGAGGCCAUCCGUAGCCCUUCUCUUGCUUCUCUUCGCGACGGAUGGUUUUCCUAUGCAUGGUAACAUGCUCGAUAUCAUGGGAGGUCUCGGCACUAUCCCUAUUGAGGCCGCAACGAACUUCACAAACGUCAAUGCCCUUUCUGGUGAUAUCAACAGGGCGACAACAUCUCAGGCCAUCAAGAACUGUCAAUUGGCUCGUCCCCAUUUGGCCCAAGGAAGUAGCGUUCAUGCACGAGAUUGGGAUGCAGCCUAUCUCGACACAUAUGUUGACAACGAUAGCAUUGAUUGGAUCGUUACGGACCUACCUUUUGGGAACCGUACUGAACUCAAGAAGGCCGACAUGGCUCGUGUUCUUCGUGCUGUUAGUAUGGUACUCAAACCCGACACAGGCCGCUGUGUUUUGCUCAGCAAAGGGUACAAACGCCUUGAUACAGCAGCAACUGGAGUGGAGAAGUUAUGCCUUAUGGAGAGGCGCAUGGUCAUCAUUGGAGGUUUCGUUUGCUACCUAUCGAAGUACUAUCGGCCUGCUCAGUCGAUCGCCCAAGGUGACACUGCAUGA